AUAUUGAACUCGUGUGACACAGUAAACCGGAUGUUUUUUGACGAAAAAAAUGGGCGCCUAAAACAAUAAACGAUGUCAGAAGUAAAUGAAGGGUCCGGUCAACACCAUGUGACUGAAAUUGAUGGUGGUCACGCCUCCGUGUCGCCAGCAAAAUCUUCGCAACAUGGUUCAAGGUCACAUGACAACAGUCCCCACAAGGAGCCUGGAGGGCGACGGAGUGGAGUCACUUCUAAAACUGAAACUACGACCAGUGGCAGGAGAUCCCGCAAAUCAGAUGCACAGCUUAAAGAAGAGCGCGAAAAUGUCAAGCGUUACGUCGAGCUGUCUGAGCGCUGGGAACAGGCCAAGCGUGAGGUGCGACACGAAGAUCAUGAGUUGUUACGGGAGAAGGUCACGCUGCAGCAAGAGCUUAUACGAAGACAGACCGAGUAUUCGGAACAUCGACGCCAACAAGAGGCAGAGAUAGAAAACCAGAAGCGGGAGGCUGAGAGAGCCAAGAAACAGGAGCAGAAUGAACAGCUGAGGCAGAUCUGCAAGCAGUCCCUAGAGGAAGACAGGAAGAAAGAGAAGGAAGCUCGUGUCACGGGGAAAUCCAAAGAACUGAAAUCUACGAGCAGUCUUGACGAUGUUCGGAUCACGCCAACGCUGUCUUCGAAUCCUGCAUCGAAUCCUGCAUCGCCGACGAAAUCCCCAACGAACCCAUGUUCGGCUGGACGUCGUAGUAACCCAUUUAAGAUGACGCUCCCAGCCCAGGCGCCGACGCCAGAUAUUUUGGAGAGCGAUAGUGAUGACGAGGAUGAGUCUCGGGACGCCCUCCCCGAUGAUAUACCUUGGCAUGAACAACAACUAUACAAGCUGUAUGGAAAGAACGCGGACUACUUCUUACAUCCAAAGAUAGAAAACUCCCCGCAAACGACGAAGAAAAAUCACUCGAAACUACGCAAACAUGGAGUGGACACCUUGUUGCAGCAAUAUAAUGAGGAACUAGAAGAUGGUCGAGCUGGGGCAGCAUUUCUGUGGCAGACGUUACGACACGACUCUAACCAGCGCCUACUGCAAGAGGACUCCUCAAUCCCGGGCGAGUUGAAGGAAGCUUAUGGUUCAUUUGCGCGCCAGUCGUUGCGGCGAAAUCGGAUCCCCGUGCAACGAAUGUAUUGUUUAGAGGACGACCUUCCUGAAAUGCCUCGUCUCCUUGACAACCGUCGAUUACAGCAUGUACGGAAAAUGCGUCACAAGGUCGACCUGAUGUAUCGAGCCUCGGUAGCGAACAAGGACCGAACAGAAGUGCUAAAUUUCAACAACCCGUUACCAGAGAUCCACGAAAACUCUGGUUCAGUCGAUCAGUAUUUACCAUCAUGGCAGGAUCAAUAUUCGGACACUACAGAGCCAGAAUAUCUUCGCUGGUUGAAACCGGAACAACGCCUCCGACGAGACAACACCAUACAAGAAACAGAUGAAUACGAUGAAUCAGCACAGAAGCCACAGGUCACCCAAUCGAUGGAUGACAACUACCUGAUGUUUAUGCGACGUCGACGAGAAAAUGCCCCGAAGCAAAAGUAUCUGUUCUUGUCAGAAAAAGAUACCCGGGUCAAGGGCAAUUUCUCUGAGAAAUUCAAGGACGAGCGGGAAAAUAAGGACAUUCCUCGUCCAUACCGAGGGGAGAUGCCGACAAGCUACUCGGCACUUGGCGGAAUGAUGUCGGCAACACCAGAUGCUGUAAAAUCAGACGCCUCUGUACGCUACUCCGCUCCACUCCCGCAUCGCCAGAUAAUGGCAAGAGACUACGCGAGCGCGUGGCAGCCCCUGAGUAUGCAUGCCCUUAUCGAAUACAAGCGACAGAUGCCGACUCUUGGCGAUGGAGAUUUCAACCUUGGGCGAACGAAGAUGUGGGCGACGAUACCUGUUGUUUCUGGAUAAACGUGAAAAGUUGUUGAAACAAAUUGUAAUUUGUCUCUGAAUUGUCAUUUUAAGGCUUAGUUGUUUAUAUACGAAUGGCCCUUUUCGGCAUCAUUGACCGAUUAUAUGACAUUGUUAAUUUAAUGGAUGUUUUCUAAAUUUUUCUUGUAUACUUGUUAUCCGGACAGACCAUGACUAAAUAAUGGUUAGAGUAUUUUUUUAAUGCUUUUAACUUCAGAUGCAAAAUUUGGACACUAUAAGGACUUGAUUUAACUAGAUUUUUUUCCAAGGAAGGUUAAAUCCAAAGACAUAAUAUUCUUUUUAGCUUCAUUCAUAUAUACUGGAGAAAAAAUGAGUAUGAUAUGCAUUUACGAUACAUUUGUAUUGAUAUCUUUUGUUGUAUUUUAAUAUCCAUUCCGUGAGUUUUAUCAUCUUUAGGUAGAAGUUUUACAUACAAAAUGUUUUGACCAACAUUUUUUUAUGCCAAGAGAAAGCAAGAUGCAUUUUCAUAUAAAUGCAUUGGUUUCAACUAAAUAUAUUCAUGGAAUUCUAACUAUAUGUGUAGAGUUUAAAUAUAUUUUGCCACCCCAACAUUUAGGCCAAGUUUUACAUAUUGUUAUACGUGAAUUGUGAUAAAGAUGUUGUAUUUUUAUAGAUCUGUUAUUUGUUACAUUUUUGUUAUUUUUUAUUGUUAUACAUGUGGUUUAUUCGUCAAUUUUGAUAUGGAGAUAAGAAUGCAGUAUUCAUCUUUCAUCAUUCCAAUAAUGUGUUAAGGCAAUGUUAUAUUCAUGUAUACCAAUGUAUAGUGUGCAAAUUUAAUCAUGUUUUUGGUAAGACACUAAAUGUGAACUUACACACUUAAAGCUUAUUAGCUUGUAAAUCUUUUACAAUAGACAGUCGUUCAGAACUUUGCUGUAGCUAAGUGUGCGGUUGAUGAUAUAACUGUUAACUUUCAAAUCUUUACUGUUUAGGAAAUUAAUGGAUACACAUGUGAUCUGCAAUAUUUCUAACAGGAUUGGAGACAACUGUAUUAGCUUAUUGAUAAGUCAUUUCCUAAGUGAAGUCAACUUCUUGAACUGUCUAUUGUCAAAUUAAAAGAGUGUUUAAGUUGUUGUGUUGAAGAAUAUGGAGUGAUUUAAUCAUAUGACCAAUGACUUUAAAUAUGGAAAAGGAUUGAAGUUCGGAAUGACUGUUUAAUGACUGGUAUAAAAUGUUUUAUGAAUACUAACCCAGAACAACUAAAGUGUAGUUGACACAAAACAAUUGAAUCCGUCCAUAUCACAGUUGUGAUACUCGUCACUGAUAGGUUGGUGCUAUGGAAACUAGACAUCUCUGUAUCCAUAGAAACGUUCUAUAAACAUUCCCAGUAUCACAUUAAAAUCUGUGAUAUUCAAUAAAAUAUCUAUCCUUUCAA